AAUUAAUCCACUAAUUUAAUUUGUCUAUGAAAGCCAGUAUUUAAGUAGGCUAAACAUGUGUAGUGGCAAUAGUAGGCUUAGACUGCCUGUAAAAAUAACAGCCUAAACCAGAAAGGUAGAAUAUGGGUGAGAAAUCAGCAGGCCCAUUAUAGGCCAAUAGGACAGGCCUAUUCAUAGAAAUGGACCUAAUAAAGGAGGGGUCAGAAGUCUGGACAAUGAGCAUCUGUGAGAUAGAUAGCUCGUCGUUAAACGAUUAAGACUCUAACUACCAGGAUGCAUCAGAACAAAACAAAUCCUCUCCCCUCUGCUCUGGGUAGAGAUUGCCCAAAAUAUGAUAGGAUCAGUUUAUCCUCCCCAAAUCAUAACCUCAAUUAUUACUGGGUCACGCGUAAAACUGACUCUAGAUCAGUGUCUAGGGGUAGACGUUAUCCGAGUCCCCCUCCCCUCGCGUCUCGCUCACGGCUGUGGGCUGUGCGCUGCAGGGGGGCGGGAGGCGAGGAGAGCGAAGCGGCAGAAGGCUCAUUGUGUGUCGGUUAGAAAGUGGGGGUCGUUGCGGGGGGGAGAAAGCGUGCGUGGAGGCUGAACUCUCGCUUUUGUCGCCUGUGGAGGAGGGGGCGGAUUAAGUAGCCAGCUCGCUCACACACACCAGGGACGCCCGGUUCGUUUAUCAGCAUCAUCAUCAUACCCAUUACCGAGGAUACACAGUGAACCGGGAAGGGAUGCAAAUUUAGCGCGAGACGGACAGUGGGACUUCGGUCUCAGCUGGAUUCGGAUAAAUGGUGCGUGCGCCGUUCCGUCGUCGGCGAUGAGAAGAAAGGAGGACAAAAGAUGAACGGAUGGAGGAUAGACACGGCCCCCCGGUAGACACGCGCCUUCGGUUUACCGCAUCUCUCUGAUCUCGUGCCGCCGUGCGUGAGUCUGUCGGUCGGUCGUUCAGACUGUGUCUCACUAGGGAGAAAAACCCGAACAGUAUUCCCGAAUUACAGGAGGCGUUGCCUGUAUCUGACUGACUGCAGAGAGACUAUUGUCUGUGUGUGAUUUGACGUUUAGGGGUGUGAUUGUAUGUGAGCGGGUGUGCUUGUGUGUGUGGUGACUGUGAAAGGUGUGUUUGUCUGAUUUGAUGGCGAGGGGUGUGUGAGGGUGUGUGAGUUGCUGGUGUAAGGGUGUGUGUGGGUUGACAGUACAGGUGUGUGUGUGAGCCAUGGGGAACACAGAGAGUAUGGAGUCUCAGCUAGCUGUCAUCAGGGCCAGGGCUGCUCCUGUCAAGCUGCCCAUGCCUGAUCCUGCUGAGCUGGAAGAGAGGUUCUCCAUUGCACUGAACUCUAUGAACCUGCCUCCUGAUAAGGUGCGUCUGCUCCGUUGCUACGACAACGAGAAGAAGUGGGAGCUGAUAUGUGAUCAGGAACGGUUCCAGGUGAAGAACCCUCCUCACACCUACAUUCAGAAGCUGAGAGGAUUCCUUGACCCGGCCGUCACACGCAAGAAAUUCCGUCGGAGAGUCCAGGAGUCGACUCAGGUGCUCAGAGAACUGGAGAUCUCACUACGGACCAAUCACAUCGGGUGGGUGAGGGAGUUUCUCAACGAGGAGAAUCAGGGCCUAGAUGUUCUAGUAGAGUACCUCUCCUUCGCUCAGUACGCGGUCACGUUUGAUGGGGAGGUAUCGGAGGCCAGUACUGAAGAGAGAGCUGUAGAUUCCCCCUGGAGUCGUUCUAUAGAAGAUCUCCAUGGAGACAGCAACCUGCCCUCCCCCUCCAGUGGCAACAACGUACCGCGCUCCUCACGCCACUCUAUCGGGUCAGCGUUGGUGUCCAGGUCUAACACACUGCCCAGUAGGAAGACACUGAAGAACUCCCGCCUGGUGUGUAAGAAGGACGACGUUCACGUGUGUGUGAUGUGUCUCAGAGCCAUUAUGAACUACCAGUAUGGCUUUAACAUGGUAAUGUCCCAUCCUCAUGCUGUGAAUGAGAUCGCUCUGAGCCUCAACAACAGAAACCCAAGGACUAAGGCUCUGGUAUUGGAGCUGCUGGCUGCUGUGUGUUUGGUCAGAGGAGGUCAUGAGAUAAUCCUGUCUGCUUUCGACAACUUUAAAACAGUGUGCUCAGAGACCCUGAGGUUUGAGAAGCUGAUGGAACAUUUUAAGAAUGAGGAUGACAACAUUGACUUCAUGGUGGCCUGUAUGCAGUUCAUAAACAUUGUGGUACAUUCUGUUGAGGACAUGAACUUCAGAGUGCAUCUUCAGUAUGACUUCACCAAACUCAAUCUGGACGAUUACCUAGAAAGGUUGAAGCACACAGAGAGUGAUCGGCUGCAGGUGCAGAUCCAGGCCUACCUGGACAACGUGUUUGACGUGGGGACGCUGCUGGAGGACGCAGAGACCAAGACCGCCGCACUGGAGAGGGUAGAGGAGCUGGAGGAGAAUAUGACCCACAUGACAGAGAGGCUCCUGGACACAGAAAACGAGGCCAUGGCCAAGAUAGUAGAGCUGGAGAAACAGCUGAUGCAAACCAACAAGGAGCUGGACACCAUACGGGAUGUGUAUGCUAGUGCUAACAACCAGGUGCACACCCUGCGGAGGAUCGUGCGUGAGAAGGACCAGACCAUCCGCAGGCAAAGUCGACUGGAGCGCCAUGCUCAGGAGGGUGGGAGGGGGCACCUUGGUGGUUCCGGAGACAGUGGGCUAUGGCUUGUCAGGGGCGGGACUAGGGAUGAUGCCAGCCCCUCCCCCUCCCCCACCACCUCCACCAAUGCCAGGGAUGCCAGGGAACAUGUCAAACGGGCCCUACCCUGCUCCUACUCCUCCUCCUCCUCCCCCACCUCCCCCUCCUCCCCCCUUAUGUUCCAUGGAGUCCUCCGGUCCUCUGCCUCCCCCUCCUCCCCCAUGCGCCCCUCCACUCCCCGGCUGUGGUGGAUCACCACUGUCAUCUUUAACUCCGGCCUGGCAGAGGGGUCACUCAAGCUGUUCUGUAGGUUCCCUCUGAUCACACGCUUACAACUCCACGCAAUCAUCGCUGCUUCUGUGUCCAUCAAGUCCUCCCAGAAACUCAAGAAGAUUCUAGAGAUUAUCCUGGCUCUGGGGAACUAUAUGAACAGCAGUAAGAGAGGAGCGGUGUACGGAUUCAAGCUGCAGAGUUUAGACCUGCUGCUGGAGACUAAGACUACCGACAGAAAGCAGACCCUGCUGCAUUACAUAGCCAACGUGGUGAGAGAGAAAUACCCCGGAGUCGCUCUGUUCUACAAUGAGCUGCACUAUGUAGAGAAAGCUGCCGCAGUGUCCCUGGAGAACGUGGUGUGUGACGUGAAGGAGUGUCAGCGUGGUAUGGAUCUGUCGUGGAGGGAAUACAGCAUGCACGGCCACAACCCACUCCUCAAAGACUUCAUCAGCAAACACGAGACUCGCCUGCAGAAACUACAGGAGGACGCACACAUCGCACAGGAUGCAUUUGACGAUGCGGUGAAGCACUUUGGGGAGAGCUCUAAAACCAUGCCUCCCUCUGUCUUCUUCCCUGUGUUUGUACGAUUCAUCAAAGCCUACAGGCUGGCGGAGGAGGAGAAUGAGCAGAGGAGGAGGCAAGAGCAGGCGCUGAUAGAGAAGCUGGAGCAGGAGGAGCUGCAACAGGAGCAGGAGGCGCCUAAGUCCCCGUCCAACCGUCCAAAGCAGCGGCAGCAGGAGUCCCUGAUCACAGAACUGAGGAGGCGACAGGGCGGUAAAGACAGCAGACAUGUCUACGAGGGCAAAGAUGGAGCUAUAGAGGACAUCAUUACAGUGCUGAAGACCGUCCCUUUCACUGCCAGGACGGCCAAACGCAGCUCUCGCUUCUUCUGUGAUCCCACCCACACUGAAUAACACUGCUAAACUCUCAGAGAGAGAGAGAGAAAUACAGGGUAGAGGGGAGGGAGAGGGGUGAGGGAAAGCUAGGUGGGAGAGAUAAAGGGGAAUAACAAUGAGAUAGAGAGAGGAGAGAAGCGUGGGGAAAAAGAGAGGCAGUUAGAGAGAGGGGGGAGGGAGGGGGUGAGAGAAAGCGAGAGAUUGACCCGGUCUCAGAAGUAGUGACUCUACCAGAGAGAAGCUGAACUCUGAACUCUAUAGCAAGACAGACAUCAAGAUUACCUGUGACCUCACCUGUCUGGUCUGACAUCACUGCCCCCACCCCCCAUCCCCUCUGUGUUACUUACACAUGUUAUGAAGCUUCUUUGCUGAUUAUAACUGUUUAUAACCCUCCCAUAACCCUGGACUGUAGCCCUGGAAUCAACCUGCAACCCACCAUGCACUUUGACUUUCUGCCCUCUAAACCCGAAGACUGUUGAAAGGGGUCGGGUAGAGGGAGGAACUUGAUACGCGAUGACAGUGACUGGACAUUUAGUAGCAACACAGUCUGGUCAUUUAAUAGCUACAUAGCAUUUCCAGUUUAUCAGUUAAUAGCAGACAUGACAAGCAAAACAGAACAGCAAAAAUAAACAGUUGUUUUUUGUCCAAUUAGUAUUAGUGAUGUACAGUAUGUGUCUCUAAAGCUGUGUGAUGAUGUCAGCAAAUGACAUGAUCGCUGUCAUAGGAUAUUGAGAAGGGAGGGGGAGAAGUUUGAAGAGUUUCUUCUUGUUGAACAUUCCAACCAAUUCUAAUUGAUAACGACAUCACAAAGGGUUCUUAACCCACUCCUAUCCAGCUGUAAGAUGCCAGAACUGAACACUGAGAAUAGUGUUCGAAAAGCUCACUCCUACAAGGUUCCCUCUUCUCCGUCUGCUGCUGUGUGACAGUGAAACGUGUACAGCGCUCGCUACGUUCACUACAUUGACUAUGUUUACUAUUUACUACCUUUAAUACCUUUAACCUCCAACAGGGUUUUUCAAAGCUCAGGCCCUCCAGUUCCUCAGUCCUGCUGGUUUUCCUUUCUCCCUGGCACUUGAUUGAUCGUUUAAUGUUACUGAUAAUGAUUGGCUGCACAGUGCACACACACCUGGUUUCCCAGGUAGAAAUCGGUCUCUGAUUAAAAGAGAAGUAUGAAAACCAGUAGACACUGUGGCCCUCGAGGACAGGAGUUGAUACCCCAUACUACCCUAAAAUAAAGGUCCCUGUCUCAUCCUUGCCUGACCAUCCAAAAGUCCCAGUCUGUUUCUGCUUUAUAGCCAACUGACUCCUUUGUUGUGAUCUUGUCACGGUGAAGGUAAAGGAUGUAGUGUUCUUGAAUGCAGAAAGUCUGGCACCUAGGCUACUACACCACCCAUGAUCUUUCCUGGCUCAUGGGACCAACUUUUACGGAGACUCGAGAGGGAUCGCUCCAUUUCAUAAAAAAAUAAUAAAAAUAUGUAACUGCAAAAAACAACAACAGCACAAUACUUUUCUACUGUGUAUAUAUAUUUUCUAGGGAAUCCCGCUUGUUGCUUUUAUCCCUCACUCCCAACCCUGCUGUUUGUCAAUGUUGAUGUUCAUUCUUAAUCUGCACUCGUUGUGUAAAUAAACUGUAUCCAGUCAGA